AUGAAAAACAUAAAAAUCAAUGUAGACUGUUUUAAGAAGUCGGCCAUGUUUAUGGCCGGGUUCAGCCUGUACCAGUGCCUGAGAAUAGCACUAACGGCUUCCAGCUUCGCUCUAAAGAGGUUCGGAAUCCCGAGGAGAAAUGUAGAUAUUUUUAUUACCAAAAUCCACAACUCCAUGGAAGUGGCCAUUUUUUUGGGUAUUUUGAUCGCCACGAUGUACAUAGUCCUGAUUCCAGGGAAGCACGCGAGGUUCAACGGAAUAGUAUCAAUAUUUACAAACUGGAUGGUGUGCCUGAUGUUCUUCGUGGUUCUGGUGGCGUUUGGAGGGAACGGAGAUAAGGGGAACCUGACGAUGUACUACUGGGGCCUGGUCGGCUCGGGCUUCGCAAUGGGCAUGAACCAGUCGAUCGCAAUGGCAGUGAGCGUGGAGAACAUCUCGUACUUCGCAGGCUCAAUCCCGCUGGCAGGAGUGCAGGUCUCAGUGUACCACAUCCUCUUUUUGUACCUCAACAAGGGAAGACCAAACUACGACGUAAACUACUGGAUCCUGGUGCACCAGAUCAUCAUGGCAAUCAUAAUCUCGGGAGUGGCGGCAAUCCUGUGGACGAUCGGAUUCAUAGAGGACCACAAAAUGCAACUCUGCUGCGAGGAGGAAGGCGAGGAUGCGUUAAAGGAGCAGAAGGUAAAGAUCGUGAUACUGGACUCGAGCGAAAAAGACGAGCAAAUUAGUCAAGAAGAAAAAAGGAGCAGAAAAAAAAGUGAAAGGACAUCACAAUUGGGUGCUGAGGCCGAGGAGGAAGACGAAAAUGUUCAGCUGGGCAAGAAGGGCCUGAAGGAGCUCAUAAGGAGGUCCACCCAGUUUCUACAAAUCAACUUCAAACAGAGGUCCAGAAGGUCGAGAGAAAGAUCGAGCGGAAAUAGAUUCAGCCCAGUUCUUUUCCUAAAGGGAGUGUACAAAGCAAUAUCACCAAUCAUGAUGAGCACCGUGGCCAUGGGCCUGGUAUACCUGGUCUUUCCAGCAAUCGCGCCCUAUAGACUGACAAACCUGGACACGGGCCACAAGAUCGACAUUGUAAUUUUAAUCACGUUCGUGGCGCCCGCGCUUAUCAACAUAGCGCUCUGCGCCCUCAAGGUGGGCCCAAACUGCGACUGGGCGGAAUACAAGUUCUGGAACUACACCUGGGUCUUCGCAGUCCCGUACUUCGCAUGCAUCAUCAUGUUCUUCAUACCCGCACACUACCCGGAGGCCAAGUUCUCGCAGCUUAUGAGGUCGAGCAAGUACAUGCUCGGGUUCGUGUGCUUCACGUUCGCACUCUCACACGCAGUGCUGAAGACAGUAGGCUUCACGGGGGCGGGCGUCCAAAACACAAUAAAGCCCGUGGUGAUCACGAACACGGACCUUGACCUCAGCGACGACAGCAUACCGAGCGUCGAGGGUAGCCACAGCGAAAACGGAGCCACUACGGGCAGCCACGCCAAUCGCAAGAGCCGUCGCUCCAGGAGGCGCGGAAGCGGGCCUCAGUCGCCGGGAGGCAAGGGCAGGCUGAGGCCGGAGCCGCGCGACAACAGUCUCAACGGGCAGGUGUCCUCGUUCAACAUUCUCCUGUCGUACCUGAUGCUGGUGAUUUUCGCGUUCAUCGGCGACGGGUACCUCAAGACGCUCAAGGCCUGCGAGGCCAACCGCGCGUUGUGGCCCACUGCGAACAUGAGUUUCCUCAGGUCCCUCGCGUUCUGGGUCUCCAUGGCCUUCAGGCGCGGGCUACGUUCUUUCGGGGAGGUGUUCACUCUCAACGUCCGCGAGCAACUCAUGAAGUGA